AUGCUACUGCUGCUGCUUGCGAUCGCUGCGACGCAGGGCGUGAUGCACUGGACCGAGAAGCAGCAUCUCCAGGACAAGGCCAAGGAGAUGUUCUUCCACGGCUACGACGCCUACAUGACGCACGCGUUUCCGUGGGACGAGCUCAAGCCGCUGAGCUGCCAAGGCCGGCGCUGGGACCGCCGAGAACGUGGCGACUUGGACGACGCGCUUGGCGGCUUUGCGCUCACGCUCAUCGACUCGCUCUCGAUGCUCGCCAUCGUCGACCGCGACCGCUUCGUCGAAGGAGUCCAGCACGUCAUCGAGAGCGUCUCGUUCGAUCGCGACGUGACCAUCUCGGUCUUCGAGACGACGAUCCGCAUCAUCGGCGGCCUCCUCUCGGCCCAUAUGCUCGCGUCGCCAGCGCAUGUCGGCCUCAUGCCGGUUGGCUACAAUGACGAGCUUCUUGGCUUGGCCGUCGACGUCGGGCAGCGGCUCCUGCCUGCCUUCGACACACCGACGGGCAUUCCCCGCCACCGCAUCAACCUCAAGUACGGCGUACCCCGUGGCACGACCGCCGAGACGUGUCCCGCGGCCGCGGGCUCGCUCCUCCUCGAGAUGUCGCUGCUGUCGCGGCUCUCGGGCAUUUCGACCUUCGAAAAAUGCGCCAAGAACGCAGUCUUGGAGCUCUGGGAGCGGCGCUCGGAGCUCCACUUGCUUGGGAGCACGAUCAACGUCGAGACGGGCAGCUGGGUGCACACGCACACUGGGAUUGGCGCGGGUCUCGACUCGUUUUACGAGUACCUCAUGAAGUACUAUGUCCUCUCGGGCGACACGGACUGGUUCCACAUGUUCAACCAGAGCUACACAAGCAUUGAAGCGCACAUGCUGCACGACGACGGGUACCACUUUGAGGUCGACAUGAACUUUGGCAAGGACGUACUGCGCUCGCGGCGGGUCUCGGCGCUGCAAGCGUUCUGGCCGGGCCUCCAAGUGCUCGCGGGCGAUGUGCGCGGUGCGAUCCAGUCGCACGCCCGCCUCUUUGACCUCUGGAACCAAUUUGGCGCGCUGCCCGAGCUCUACGACAUGGCGGGCGACGGUGAGCUCAUUCGGUGGGGCCGCCAUUACCCGCUGCGCCCCGAGCUCGCCGAGAGCACGUACCACUUGUACAUGGCAACGAAGGACGAAAAGUACCUCAAGGUCGGGCGCAAACUGCUCCACGACAUCGAAGAGACGUCGCGCGUCGCAUGCGGCUACGCUGCCGUCGCCAACGUGCAAGACAAGUCGCUUGAAGACCGCAUGGACAGCUUCUUCUUGAGCGAGACGGUCAAGUACCUCUACCUCCUCUUCAGCAACGAAUCGAGCGUGAUCGUGCCAAGCCACGAUACGACGCCGUAUGCAUCCUAUACCAACAUGUCGGUCGCCGUGCCCUCGUCCAAGGUGGUCUUUACAACGGAGGGCCACCUCUUCUUUGUGAUGCCCCACCUCUUUCAAGACGCCGCGUCGCUCACCCAAAAGCAAAAGCAUGCACCAACGUUCCGGACGUGCCGACCGUCGCGCCGGGCCCCGAAGAUCGCCGCCAAGCGGGCAGUCGACGCCCAGGCAGCCGUCUCGGUGCGUGUCGGCGACCAUCAUCUCAUGACGUUUCCGGCGGCCCCAGCUCAGUUUGGCCACUCGCUGCAGCUGGACGGCCACUUGGAUGGAUCUGUCUUUUUGUCCUUGGACGCGGUGGAGUAUGCCUGCCACGACCUCUCGUCGCUCGCCGAGUCGCUGCGAGGCAAGAUCGUCGUUGUCAAGCGUGGCCAAUGCUCGUUUACUCGGAAAGCACUGCACGUGCAAGCCGCGGGUGGCAUUGGCAUGAUUGCCGUCAACACCAAGGUCGAGCGCAAGGCGACCAAGUGGCAGCGCUUGUACAGCCUUUCGGUGCGUCUUGCAUGGCAACGACCGACCACCAAGUUGGUCACGUAGGACGACGGCGCCGGCGCCCGCGU